AUGAAAUCGUUGUCUCGGAUCGACGAAUUCCAUCAACGCUGCGAAUUGUUGCAUCUGAAGCUGACACGCGUACACGAAAUCAGUUUUGCAGUGCUCACACAACAACUUUGCCACGUGGUUGCAACGAGUACAGGAGUGACAGCUUCGAAAGUUCAAUGCGCAUGCAAUGAUUCGUACGAGCUGGUUACGGAACCUGGAAAGGAUAUUGCCACACAGUGUGUUCCUCGAGAAAAUGCUCAAGUUACUUGUCAACCACCGUAUAACUUCCAAUGUGGCGACGGAGCUUGCAUUGCACUGAGCGAUACAUGCAAUGGCCAGCAGGACUGUUCGGAUGGCAGCGAUGAACACCCAACUUAUUGCAAUACAAGGGUUUGUCCGGAACGAUACUUUCUGUGCACGAAUCGGCGUUGUAUUGAAGUGGACCGACAUUGCAAUGGCCUAGACGAUUGUGGUGAUAACUCAGACGAACUUGACUGCACUGGAACAACAGCUGCCUGUCCUCCAGGACAUUUUGAAUGCUCGAACGGACAUUGCAUCAACAGCACUAAGGUCUGUGACGGACAUAACGACUGUCACGACGAGAAAGUGUCAGACGAGAAUAAGGAGACAUGUCCUGAUUUGCCGAUCGACUGUCGUGGAGUUCGAAUACGUUGCCCGAACACGAAUAUAUGCAUACAACCAGCGGACUUAUGCGAUGGCUAUGAUGACUGUGGUGAUAAAGCUGAUGAAGUUAAACUGUUCUGCAUGAAUCAGCCGUGUGCUACAAAUUAG